UCAAGAAGAAGAUGGUGUUCUUCUCCACAUCUCAGUAUGUUCCAUUUGAUGAGCAACUGCUGCAACUGGGUUUUCAAACUGCAGCAACCCAUGAGGAAUGUUACUGUGCUGGUGGUUGGUCUUGACAAGGUUGGAAAAACAUUGUGUAUCAGAGGAAUGUUAAGAGCUCCUCUUGGAGAAGUGAGUCCUACUCAUGGAUGUGUUCACUAUGAGAUAAGGCUGGAAAAUUUCCUGGUGAAUUUGCUGGACACGGGUGGAAGUCCUGAAUUUCGCUUAUGCUGGAGAGAAUACUAUGGCAAGGCCCAUGGAGUUAUUUUUGUUGUAGACUCCAGUGAUAGACACAGAAUGAAAGAGGUCAAAGAACUUCUAACAGACAUGCUGAGACAUCCUAAAUUGGCUGGAAAGCCCCUGUUAGUAUUAGCCAAUAAACAAGACAAAAUGAAUGCCUUACUGGGAGUUGAACUGAUUGAGGUCCUGUCUCUGGAGAAACUGGUCAAUCAGAGCCAGUCUCUGUGCCAUGUUGAGCCAUGCUCUGCCUUAAUCGACCUGAGCCGAUGGUCAGACAGGAGGACAUUGCGUGGCCUCAGAUGGUUACUACGGGCUGUGGGCCUCGACUAUUCGGAUCUCUGUGCCCGUGUGGUCAGAGAUUGUGGAAGGCAACCAGGACCAGAGGAGAGAGAAAGGGGAGCAAAGACAGGACAAAGUCAGAAGAAAAACAAAGUUGAACGACUUAAAACAAGUAAACCAGUCAAUAACCAAGCACAGUGCCCCCUGGAGGAACAACAAAAUAGCCAUCUACAACCAACUAUUCUUAAGGAGAAUUCCUUUCAAAAGAAGAUGAUGAAAAAGAAGCUUAAAGUUAAGAUUAAAACAAUGAGCGUGAAAAAAGGGAGCAGAAAAGAAGUGGAUAUGGAACAGAAGGAAGAGGAUAAAGAAGUAAAUGAAGCAGAACGGGUUGUUAACAGUGAAAAGGAUAAGUCCAGUAGUGGCCUUUUGCUACAAAAAUAUGGGAGGUUGAAACCCAAAGCAAAAGUGCAGAUUUUGGAUUAUCCAGAGCCUGUGGAAGCCACAUCCCCUAAAGCAGGUAAUGGACAAAACAAGAAAAAGAAAAAGCCUGUGAAAGGAAAGAGAAACAGGAUAAGCUCAGAAGAAAUCCCUGUAAAUUAUAGACAGCCUGCUGAUCUCUCUGCCACGUUUGAUCUUUACAGGAAAGCUAUUUUGGCUCUAAAAGCCCAACAGGAUCAGAGUUUGAUGCCAGAACAGUGAGAGGACUGGAAAUGUAAUGGCAGAAGACACAACGAUAUGUGAAGAACAUUUCAUUUUAUUUUUACCAUAAUAUGGAUUUCCACAGAGGUAUAAUCAUCUGGCUGAUCUUUUUUACUAUCUAUAAAACCCUGAAUAAUCUGUUUUUAACAGACUGGUGUCCUUUCAAUAAAUAUUGAAAAAAAAAUUUUAUUGGAUAUUUUUCAAUAUCCAGUAAUGUAAUUUUUUGCUCUUAUUUCUUAUGUAGAGCCCACUGAACCAUUUUAAACAUUUCUUUAUAUUUUUAUCUCUAAUGUUUUGUAUUGUAAUUUAAUUUUAAUUUUAUUACUUAUAAUUUAAAUGUAUGUUUUCU